UACACCAGGUAUUUCGUUACUCGGCAAGGUGGUGUCAGCCAAGAGUCGUGGGCUCUAUGCUCUGCUUCGACCUCUCUGAGACAAAAAUUGGGCCGCAACAAUUGCUGAAGUGGGCCUGCAACUUUCAUUUUGGUCAUCAGUGGGAUUCAGUCAGACUCGGGAGCCUACCUCUGGUGACGCAGCCAGUGCUGCCGAGGGACUUUUCGUGCUCACAAUGUUCGACGUUCCCCCAGAGCUACAGGAGGACAUUGCGGGCAAGAUGGAGCAGAUACUGAGGCCUGCAAUCUCUCAUCCGGAAGAUCCCGUCGACUAUCAGGUACUUGACGUCUGGGGGCCACUGCGCGCCCAGACUCACGGUGUCGAACCACUGUCACAACUAGUCGCAGUGAUUCGCCUCAAGCGUUCUGGACACGACGUCGAGCGACGAGCGAAACGAUGGGCCGGCUUUGCCUUCUCCCGUGCGACGGGCAGGAAGCACAGUCUGUACUUCCCAGGCCGCUUUGAUUAUUGCGAACAUCCCGACUGCCAGGUUGUCAACGCCGAGGAGAGCAGGCAAGACAGGGCCAAGUGCCCCCACACCUGUCUGGCGUACCCCAAAUGCUUGCAAGAGCAUACAGGAGCGUCGUGUCCCGUGUGGCAGAACAUGGUUCGCAUCGAUCCGAAAAAUGCGCACGCGCGCCUCUUGGAGCGGCAUUGCAAGGAGGCAGCAGAUGAUAUGAUGCGCGCAAGGCAGCUUUGGGAGGAACGUAAAUGGGAGGAGCCGAUGCCGUGGGCAUGUUGGGGAGAGGGGUGGCUUAUGGAAGACAAGUAGCAACAUCGCGCUCGACUGCCCGCCCUCAAGGGAAGCGACAUUUAAUACGACAUCGCCAUGCGCUUUUGCACAAGGACCUCGACUACUGCGCAUGGCGCCGCGCCAAAAAUGACCUGAAAGCGUCAAGGCAAGCAGCGUGCCGUCUCGAUGGCAUCGGAGACGAGUAACAGCGGUGCGCUGGAGGAGCUCAGAUUCGCGCGUUCGGCUGAUGCUGGGCGGUAUCAAUGUGAGCCGCGGGUCACCAGUCCACCAAGGCUGAGGGCGUGGAUCCACCGCCGCACAGAGCAAAGAGAUCAGACAGAACACAUGACUCGCUGG